AUGGUUCAACUGUUUUUUAUUUUCUUUUUGCUUUUCAUGGCCGAUCAAGAAUUAAAUGUUAUACUCAGAAAAGCAAGAAUGUACCAAGAGUACAUGCAGAUGGUUCCUCUCCCCACAAGGAAGUCCUCUCUGAUUCCUUGUAACUCCUGGAUGGGGUUGGCUGCAUCAAUGAAGGAGUUAUAUGGGCAACCAUUGCACUACCUGACCAACCUCUCCAUGAAGCAGUGGGAUUAUUUGAGGAUUGGGGCCAAUGAUGAAGACGUUCCAUUGGAUACACUCAUCGAUCCAGCCAAAGCUGAAGCAAACAUUUGGCUUAUAGAAGAAAUGCAUAGGAAUACUACAUCUCCUUUUUUCAUUGCUAGGCUCUGGCAUGGUGAUCCCAUGUAUCAUGUUUAUAUUGAUGCAAUUUUCCCAGAGUUGAAGGAUCCAUCCAAAUAGAUUCUGCUGCAAAUACCAAUCCAUCUUAUAUAUGGACUUGGUCUAGAAUCUUGAAUUUCUUGUUUCUUUCUAAAUGUAAUCCCCAUCCGCAUCAGUAUCAUCUUCCCUAAGACAAAACUAUGUACGUUUUGAAAAAUGAUUAUUUUAUGAAUGCUUUUGAGUU